AUGGCUGCUUUUGCUAACAAAUGUGCUCAGUACUGGCCAUCAGGAGAUGGAGAGACAGAAGAGUAUGGGGACAUUGUGGUGAAAAUCACAGGUCACAAAUAUUUUCCUGAUUACAUCACUCGGAAGCUCCACGUCAGUCAUAAACGAGAGAAAACAGAGCGAGACAUCACACACAUCCAAUUUACAGUCUGGCCAGAUCACGGUGUACCUGAUGAUCCCAACUUACUGCUGAAAUUGCGUCGGAGGGUUAAUGCCUUAAGCAAUUUUUUUAGUGGCCCAAUAAUUGUUCAUUGCAGUGCUGGAGUUGGACGCACAGGAACCUAUAUAAGCAUUGAUGCCAUGCUGGAAGGUCUGGAGGCAGAGGGCAGAGUGGAUGUUUAUGGUUAUGUGGUACAGCUGAGGCGCCAGCGCUGUCUUAUGGUCCAAGUAGAGUCCCAGUAUAUGUUCAUACACAAAUCUUUGGUGGAAUACAACCAGUUUGGGGAAACAGAAGUCAGCAUGACUGAACUGCCGCUAAUACUCAAUAACUUGAAGAUGAAGGAUCCUACUUCUGAACCCUCUCAGCUAAUGUGUGAAUUUCAGAGAUUACCAUCAUAUAGAAACUGGAGACCACAAACCACAGGAACCCAUCAAGAUAACAAAGAUAAGAACCGCUCCUCAAUUGUUCCUUAUGAAUUUAACCGCGUUCAGAUCAAGAUUGAUGAAGAGCCUGAACAGGAAGUAACAGAGGAUUCUGAAAUGUCUUCAGAUGAUGACAGUGACUCUGAAGAGUCAAUAUAUAUCAAUGCCUCAUAUAUAAUAGGAUACUGGGGAACACGGGAGAUAAUUGCUGCCCAAGGACCUCUCAAAAACACACUAUCUGAGUUCUGGCAAAUGAUUUUCCAAAAGAAGGUCAAGGCAGUUGUUAUGCUAUCUGCACCUAACCAGGAGAACAAUGAAAAAAACUGUGCUCCUUACUGGAAAGAGAAGAGCAAGACAUAUGAUGACCUACAGGUAGAGCUAACCAGUGAAAACUCAUGUGGCAGCUAUACUGAACGCUGUUUUGAGAUCAGGCAUGCUAAGAGGAAAGAGGUUAGAAAAGUGUCUCAGUUCUCUUAUGACCAGUGGGAGGAAGCUCUUCCUGUAAAGAUCAAUGAGCUAAUGGAUAUGAUUACCAAGAUAAAGAAGGACAUUCCAACCAAGAGAAUGGAGGAACAGACUAAGCAUGACAAGACAGUACCUCUCGUUGUUCAUUGCAGUGAUGGAUCUCAACUGACAGGCACUUUUAGUGCUCUGUGGUAUCUUCUAGAAAGUGCCAAUGUGGAAGGAGUCAUUGAUGUCUUCCAGAUUGUGAAAAAUCUACGUAGACAGCGCUCUGGAAUUGUAUCUUCCUUUGAACAAUAUCAGUUCCUUUAUGAUGCAUUGGCCAGCACUGUGCCUGCUCAAAAUGGUCAGAUCAAAUCAUCACCCAAACAGGAAGAUAAGCUGGAAAUACAGAAUGAAUUAGAAACCAAAGUAGCCCCAUCUUCCAAAACCGUUCCAGGAGAAGAGACCUCAUCUAAACCCACGGACGAUGACACAACCGCUAAUGGACCCAGUCCAGCAGCAUUCACAGAUGUGACCCUGAGAAUAGAUGAAUAACAAGCAAAAUAAUGGGCCCAGAGAUAACAGUUAGCUUGGACAACAUUGCAGCUUUAUCAUGAGCAAUAAGCAAAUGUGCUUUGUACAAAUGAAUUGCACAUAAUCUUCAGUGGAAGCAGUGUGCAUAUAUAACUUGAAUUCUUGUGUCAUCAGACCACUGUAACCUGUAUAAAGACAUGCUUUCAAUUUUGGAUGCUAUGUGUUUGAUGGACCAAAAUGAGCGGAUGACCAUAUAUACAGCAGAUUGUUUACAUUUCUGCAGACAGUUAAUAUGCGUGCUAAGUUUUUAUAUUCCUGUAUUUCUACACAUUCUAUUUGUAUGCAGACUGCCAUUGGACUACAGAUUUUUGUCAGACCACCCAUUGUUGGCUGGAUUACCAUGUACAGCA